UGUUGCGGAUAACUUUACAUCAUGUCCUUGUGAUACAACGUCUAUUAUAACAUAGUUCUUUUAAACUGGCACUGGAUUUUACUCUUGGAUCUUCAGAAGAUGUCCUCUGAAACAUUUUGGAUCAGUGUUUAUCGGCCGUAUUGUGGAUAGUGCUGCUAACUCCUCAGAAGCUAUUACGUGGAACCGAUCGACAUUUUUAGAGCCAACACCUCAAUAGUAUUGAACUUUUUAUUUUUGUUUCCUAACAUAACAAAAACAUUUUGUUUUGCCUUUGGAUCUCUGUAUACAUUAAUGGAAUGCAAUCAUGUCUGGCCAGGACGAACGGCAGAUCAAUACUGAAUAUGCAGUCUCUCUACUGGAGCAGCUAAAACUGUUCUACGAGCAGCAGCUACUAACAGACAUAGUAUUAAUUGUUGAGGGCACUGAAUUUCCAUGUCACAAAAUGGUUCUUGCAACAUGCAGCUCUUAUUUCAGGGCAAUGUUUAUGAGUGGGCUUAGUGAAAGUAAACAAACGCAUGUCCAUCUGAGAAAUGUGGAUGCAGCUUCUUUGCAGAUCAUUAUCACAUAUGCAUACACGGGUAACUUGGCAAUAAAUGAGAGCACUGUUGAACAGCUGUAUGAAACCGCAUGCUUUUUACAGGUGGAAGAUGUGCUGCAGCUUUGUAGGGAAUAUUUAAUUAAGAAAAUCAAUGCCAAAAACUGUGUCCGGCUAAUGAGUUUCGCUGACUUGUUCAGCUGUGAAGAAUUGAAGCAGUGCGCCAAAAGAAUGGUGGAGCACAAGUUUACCACAGUGUACCGCCAGGAGGCUUUCAUGCAGCUGUCUAGUGAGCUUUUGAUAGACCUUGUGAGCAGUGACAAUCUAAAUGUGGAAAAAGAGGAGACGGUGAGAGAAGCUGCAAUGUCUUGGUUAGAUUACAACACCGUGUCACGCUCGCAGUACUUGUCCACUGUUUUAAGCCACCUGCGCAUCGAUGCUCUUUCAGAGGUCAUUCAGCGGGAGUGGUUCCAAGGUUUGCCACCAAAUGAUAAGUCUGUAGUAGUUCAAGGACUUUACAAAUCCAUGCCGAGAUUCUUUAAACCAAGGCUUGGUAUGACAAAAGAAGAGAUGAUCAUCAUCAUAGAAGCUGCUCUUGAAAACCCUGGUUGUUAUUCCAUCAUCUGUUACAGUCCGCAGGCAGAGAAAGUUUACAAGAUUUGCAGCCCUCCCUCUGAGCUACAUAAAGUUGGGACUGCGGUGACUCCUGAUAAUGAUAUUUUUAUUGCCGGAGGACAGGUCCCUGUAAAAACGGCCAAAAGCAAUCACGGCAAGCCUGGCAAACUACAGGCUACUUUUAGGGCUGUGAAUAGUUUCUACUGGUUUGAUGCACAGCAGAAUACCUGGAUUCCAAAGACCCCCAUGCUAUGUGUUCGAAUUAAGCCUUCUUUGAUAUGGUGCGAUGGCUAUAUUUAUGCAAUUGGUGGAGAUAGCGUAGGCGGUGAACUCAACAGAAGAACAGUGGAAAGAUACGACUGCGAGAAGGAUGAGUGGACUUUGGUGAGCCCUCUUCCAUGUGCAUUUUCAUGGAGUGUUGCAGUAGUCGUCAAUGACUGCAUCUAUGUAAUGGCUUAUAACCUAACAUACUGCUACAUUCCACGGUCUGGUAUCUGGGUAGAAGUAGCGAAGAGACAAACUAGUAGAUGCUUUGCUUCUGCUGCAGCCUUUGACGGCAAAAUCUUCUACCUCGGAGGUCUGCAAACAGACAACAAUUCUGGUGUGCGGCUCCCAUCCAGCACUUUGGAUGGCUCUUCCGUAGCUGUUGAAAUAUAUGAUGUGCUUAAGAAUGAGUGGUAUAUGGCAGCCAGUAUACCUGCCAAACGCUUUGCAGAUCCCUGUGUUCGAGCAGUGGUCAUAUCCAAUUCCUUGUGUGUUUUUAUCAGAGAGACUCAUAUGAAUGAAAAAGCAAAGUAUGCCAUUUAUCAGUACGAUAUGGACCUCGACCAAUGGUUUCUGCGCCAGCAGAUAUCCGAGCGGGUGCUUUGGGAUUUGGGGAAAGAGUUCCGGUGCACUGUUGGGAAGUUAUACCCUUCAUGUCUAGAAGUAUCUCCUUGGAAACCUCUAACGCAUGUUUUCUCACAAGAUGGUGCAGAUGACUUUGAGCUGGACGGAAACAUGGCUACAUUACCCCCUGUAUAGCUGGCUGCAAGCAAGUCUACAUGUAUGCAUGGAUCUCCUGUUUCCUCAAUGAGAGCUCUUUAAAACGUUUCUGUUGUGAAAGUGGGCUGAGAAAUGUUUGCACUGCUUUCUUUUUCAAACUUUAAUUUUUUUGCCCUACUUAACAUUUGUAACCUAUAAUGCAUUUAUAUAGGGAGAUAUGCUUCCAUUAUCAGGAAUAUUUGACCAGCUAAUGGAAAACUGUUCCUUAUGCUAGCCUUAGCAUCUGGUUUACCAAGAGCAAUUCCUUUGUAUCCCUGUGAUGCCCCCUCUCCCAUUCACAUUGGAGGGAAAAAAAAGAUUGAGUGACCCAACAGCUAAUAAUGGAACUGUACAUGUAGAUGCUUUGUUGGGAAAUCUUCCAUUAUCCAUAUUCCUUUUCCUUAGCAAUCCAAUUGAUGUGCUGGAUUAUACAUACAAACAUGCAGUGUGACCUGAUUCUACUAUGUGUAUCUCCAGGGAUAAAGUGUUUACUUAAGAGACUUUUACUUUUCUAAACUUCAAGAUUGUCUCUUCAUAUUUACUACUGUAUAAAUAGCUUUUCUUCUGCAUACUAUAUACUCCUAAAAGAGGUGUAAUCUUUGUUGUGUGAUAUCAUCUCCAGUAAACAUAUCUCAAGCCUUGGAUUCUUUCAGUGCUGAAAAACAAAAACACAAAAUGUACGUUUGUCUAGCGACUUACAUCAAGCUUGACUUUGAAGCAGUAGAGGAAAUAUGCAGACAACCUGCAGGUUUUAUUUUUUACAAAGUGAUGUAUCACCAAAGUCCCACUUUAACAUGUAAUCUAUAUUAUAUAUAUAUAUUUUUUGCUAAACUAUAUCUUUCCUGUUGCGGGAAAUGUAGUAUCUCAUUUGAUAACACAGGUCAAUACAUUGACUGCUGGUUCAGUCAAGCUGUACAAGGAGCAUGUGUUUCUGUUGUCAAAUAAAAA